UAUAUUAUAUUGCUAUAAAAUGUACCGAGAUCACCGGGUGGGCGUGCGUGCGUGUGCGUUACAAUAGUGCCGGGACGAUAAAAUGGUUGCAUCUCGUCCUGGUCGUCGUCGUCGUCGUCUAUUUCCAGUUUGUACACAUGUGUUCAACAUUUGUCCGACGUAUAUUAUAUACACGAUUUGAUCCUUAACGCCAGCUGAUCGCGAGUCUUAUAUUAAGUCUUCGCCUCCGCCGCCGCCGCCGUCGUCGUUGUCGUCGUCGUCGUCGCCCAAGACUCCAGGAGAGCCUCCUCAGACACGAAACAUCGAGAGUAUAAUUUAACAGCGGACGACCAUGGACUACUCUACGCCGAUGAUCCUGCCACUAUUACUGAUCACCAUCACGAUCAUACCCGUGUUCGAAGGUUGCGAUCAGAGUAGACAGGGUUGUCGAAUACAGGAAGGCCAAUGUCUCUGCGGCAAGGGCUGUUAUUCCGAGUACAGAUACAGCAACUACGAGGAAUGCUAUAAAGCGCUAAAAGGUCGCCGAUUCGAUUUCUGUGCACAAGGUCCGUGUAAUCAUAACGGAGUGUGCGUUCAAACUUCGCAAGAACCAGGAUAUAAAUGUAGAUGCGCGGGGACUGGAUAUUACGGCACAAGAUGCGAAAUAAAAUGUUACGGUCAGAAUACGACUACAAAGCAGGAAGUCCCAUUUGAAUGUAUCGUUAUCUAACUGCAAUGGAUUUAUUUUUAUUUUUAAAUUUUAUAAACAAUCUUAUAUCAUAUCA